AUGACUACACCUGGGAAGCCUCAACCUGCCUCAGCUCCUCCUCAAUUUUUUGUCGACAACAAAAAAAGCGAAGUAAAUGAGCUUCGUACACUUCUGAAAGGCAUAAUGAACGAACGUAACGUCAAUAAGCGUCGUGAAGUAAUCAAAAAAGUGAUUGCAUAUAUGACAUUAGGUAUAGAUGUGUCCAAACUAUUCACAGACAUGGUCUUGAUUUCAUCAACGAAUGACAUUGUGCAGAAAAAAAUGAUUUAUCUAUAUCUGGUUUCCUACGUAGAAGCUAACCAAGAUCAAGCACUAAUGGCAAUCAAUACAUUUUCAAAAGACUGCAGAAGAACCAAUCCUGAUGCCAAAAUAAGAGGCCUAGCCUUAAGAACGCUGUGCUCAUUAAGAUUCCCAGGAGCAGUUGAAUAUAUCCAAGGAGCCAUUACAGAAGGGCUGGGAGACCCAGACCCAUAUGUCAGGCGAACAGCUAUCAUAGGGCUUAUAAAAUUGCAUCGCCAUUCUAAAGAUCAAGGAACAGAAAAUUCUUUUAUAAAUACCCUUUACGAACUUAUAAGAGAUCCAGACCCAACAGUCUCUUCUAAUGCAAUCAUAGCGUUGAAUGAAAUAUUGGAAAAUGAAGGAGGAAUUGCGAUUAAUCGAAAAAUGUGUAUUGGUUUUCCCCUAGAUAUCCUGUAAGGGCUGUGGAUUCUGGGCGGAAUCUUUCAGUUGGUCUGACCAACUCACUUAUUAGUUCCACCAACCAAAGGAUUCUGCCCAAAAUUCGCAGCCCUUGCAGGGCUAUCUAGGGAAAACCCCUAUAUUUAUUUAUUAAAUAGGAUUCACCAAUUCAAUGAGUUUGGACAAAGCACAAUUUUUGAUAUCAUUGCAAGAUAUGUGCCUCAGGAUGAUGAAGAAAUGCUGGAUAUUUUAAAUAUUUUAGAAGACAAACUAAGACAUGCAUCAAGCAGUGUUGUGCUAGGCUGCAUCAAAGUCUUUAUGAACCUCACCAAGGAUAACCCAGCGCUGCUAAAACAGGUGUUUUCUAGAGUUCAAGCACCUCUUAUCACACUUUUUGUAGGAGGAGAGGUGGCUGAAGCUUAUGAAUUAUCAUAUUGUGUGCUUGCUCAUAUAAACUUGAUUAUAUCCAGAGGAGCUGCAGAAGUCUUUGAAAAUGACUAUAAAAAUUUCUUCUGCAAAUAUGAUGAGCCUACAUAUAUCAAAUUUUUAAAAAUCGACAUAUUAAAGAUGAUUGCCACUGAAAAUAAUUUGAAUGACAUUGUAAAUGAACUUUGUGCUUAUGUCACUGACGUCAAUAUAGAAAUGAGUAAACAAUCAAUCAGAGGCAUUGCAACUAUCGCUAUGAGAAUUCAGUCAUCAAGCACUGCAGUUAUUAGACAACUCAUUGGAUUUCUAAGCUGCGGAAUUGACUAUGUUAUUACUGAAACAUUGGUGAGCAUGAAAGAUUUAUUAAGAAAGUAUAGAAAUUUAAGCUCAGAAAUCAUCAACCAGCUUGCAAGCUCUUUAGAAAUAGUGAAUAAUGAUGAAGGAAAAGCAGCAAUAAUAUGGAUGAUUGGUGAGUUUGGAAACGAAAUUGAAGACGCUCCUUAUAUUUUGCAAGGGAUUGUUGAUAAUACUAAUCCUAGUGAAAAUUUGCAAAUAACAUAUGCGCUAUUAACUGCUAGCGUGAAACUCUUUUUGAAGCGUGCGCCUGAAAUGCAGAAUACAUUAUCAACUCUUUUUAAGCUGCUUUUUAAUGAUUGUGACAACCCUGAUAUUCAUGAUAGAGCAGGCUUUUAUUAUAAGCUUCUUCAAAGUGACCCAGAUAUUGCAGAUCAAAUAAUAAAUUGUGAUAAGCACCCCAUACAAGUUUUCUAUGAAGAUGAUCGCACCCAACUUACAGAAACCUUAUGCCAAGAAUUCAACCAGUUGAGUGUUAUCUACCAGAAACCUUCUAAAGCCAUCCUAAAGCCUGCCGCCCAACUAGUUGCUGACGAAGGAGAAGGACAUAUAAUAAACUCCUCAAGCAAUCACAUGGAGCCACAAGCCACAGACUUAUUAUCAUUAGACUUAUUGGACCAAAAUUUAGGAGAUAUAACGUCAUCAUCUUUUUCGCUUGAAGUAAAUCCUUCGAUGGAGUCUGAUGAGUUUCAGAAUUUAUGGGCAACUGCAACAGAUCAGCAGUUUAUUAAUGAAAGAUUAUCUAGACCAGCUGGACUUGAUGAGGUAGAAAAUAAUUUUGCAAGGCUGAACAUUUUGUGCAUGGCAAGUGGAGAAGAUAGUGGGCUUUUGAAAUUAUAUUUUUACGCAAGAGAAGCCAGCAGUGGAAGUCCAUUUUUAAUUGAGUUGAAUGUCUUUAAUAGGACUGGAGAGGUGCAGCUAACUGUUCCAGUCAUUUGAUAGGAACUUUUUUCUUUGUAUGACAUUUUCUUGGAAAUUUCACCGAUGAGAACUAGUUUCCAAUCAUUUCCUCGGAUGCAAUUUGAUCUUAUGACAUUGCGAUCCUAGAGAAAAUUUUUGAUGAAAUUGUAUCCGAGGAAAUGUCACAAGAGACUAGUCCACAUUCAUAUGCUACUGAUCUUGUGUCUUACUAUUAAAAUCCCUAAAAAAUUUUCAGAGGCAGUAUAAGGGAAAUGUCUCACGCGUAAAUUGCAUACUCGCAAAUGUCUUCUAUCAAAAAAUUUUAGGUAAAUUUUUAGUUGAGCAUAUCUUUCUAAUGGAUCCAUUCAAAUAGCGCAGAGCCCAGCUAACGGCUAAAGCACAGAAUGGAAGGUGGAUGCAAGACUUUUUAGGAGUUGUUUAUCAAGCUCUAAUGCCUAUAAUUAAUAGAAGUCAAUAG